AACACGGAAUAUUAAUCAAGAACUGGUUAGACCUGUGUCAGUACACUGCCACUGUUUGUUGCGUAAAGUCCUGGCCUGUAAAAUCAGUCAUACUCUAUUACAAGGAAAAUGCAAUUAGAGUGCUUUUUUAAUUUAUCAAGGGCCUGGUUUCAACACAGGAACGCUUUUCCUCGGGUGACGUCAUACUUAUUUUAAAACAAGUCCAACAAAUGAGCUGGACAGUUGGCGUGGAGAGUGAUUUGUAUAGAACUCUUGAUCAACGCAGAGGUGCCUGGGGUCACGGUGUGUUUACCUCCAUGGAAUAAUGGAUGCAGGAACGCUUCCCCCAGAGUUGGCAGGCAAUCGAGCGGAUAUUGAAAUGGGCUGGGCGAUUAAAGCAUACGACCAUGCGGAGACGUACUUCAAUAUUCUAAGAUCGGUGGAUCCCUCCUUGUUAAAGUUGACCAGGAUAGAUGAUGAACUGUAUGAGGCAUUUCGCAGGCAGUUUCCUGACCUGAAGAUUGACGUUCUAGUGGAGGAUGAAAUAAAGACAGAGGAGCAGAAAGCUAAAUGGCGAAACUUCUGCAACGAGUUCAAGGAAAAGGUGGAAGAAUUCAACUUCGGAACUCUAAUUCGACUGGAUGCGAAUUUAGACUACUCUGAGAAAAAUACUAUUUUAGUACCAAGGGCGGAGUUUUUAGCCAUUGAAAUAGCAAGGAACAGAGAAGGUGUGAAUUCUUCAAUUCGUGUAAACUUUGGGAAAACAAAACAAAAUGGCAGUGAAGAUAAAAACUCAUAGCAGUAAACAUGGGCUUGUGUGUUGCAUGAGCUCCAUUGCCUACAGUCCUUCACAGAAUAUGUGGCACAGGAGCUCCAUUGCCUACAGUUCUUCACAGAAUAUGUGGCACAGGAGCUCCAUUGCCUACAGUCCUUCACAGAAUGUGUGGCACAUGAGCUCCAUUGCCUACAGUCCUUCACAGGAUAUUGGCACAUGAGCUCCAUUGCCUACAGUCCUUCACAGAAUAUGUGGCACAUGAGCUCCAUUGCCUACAGUCCUUUACAAAAUGUGUGGCACAUGCCCUCCAUUGCCUACAGUCCUUCACGGAAUGUGUGGCACAUGUCCUCCAUUGCCUACAGUCCUUCAUGGAAUGUGUGGCACAUGCCCUCCGGUGAACAUUUAGUCUCAGUCACUUUGAGAAUGUGUGGUGUGAUCUUGGCACAGGGCUAAGAGAUUCACCACAAACAAUCUCAUUCAAAUCACACUAAAUAUUUGAAUUAUUUAGUGCUGAGAAUUUAGAGAGAAUGAUACAGGGCUGGUGUGAGUACGCUGUGACAUUGAAGGGUGUGGUGUUUGGAAUUAGGAUCAUGAUGUCUUAAUUUAUUUAUUUAUAUGAUUGGCGUUUUACGCCGUACUCAAGAAUGUUUCACUUAUACGACGGCGGCCAGCAUUAUGGUGGGAGGAAACCAGGCAGAGCUCGCGGGGAAACGCACGACCUUCCGCAGGUUGCUGUAGACCUUCCCAUUUACGUCCGGGGAGGAACUCACAGCGACCGCAUUGUCGAGAGGCUCCUGGGUCAUUACGCUGCGCUAGCGCGCUAACCAACUGAGCCAAGGAGGCCCCCUCAUGAUGUAUUAAGGCAGCAUGACUAGGAUGUCAGACUGCACAGUGUAUCUAUUAAGAAGAAGCAUAGAGUAUGAUGUCCUUCACAGAAUGAUGUGAAAACAGUGUCACGAUGAUGUAGCCUGCAACUCUGUAGUAAUAUGGGCCAUGUGUGGCAGAUUCUUCUCUUGUUGAUGCAUAUAUCCUCUGAUAUGUUUUCAUGGAAUUUUAUGUGUGCUUGGGAAUUUUAACAUGAAUAAUUUAUAACUAACUAUUAAAACGUCUCUAGAAAUCAUUUGGCAUUGCUUUUUUGUGCAGGACACAAAAUAAGAUUUUGCUGUUACACGUACCUGUAUUUACUGAGUUGGUGUACCUCCAAGCUUUCAUAGAGUUGUCACAUCUUCCAUUAAUAGUAUAGCAGAUCUGGAUGAGAGGAGUUGGGUUGUGUGUUGUGUUAUACAGCCAGCCUGUGGCCAAUGGAUCAUUCGUCUUAGUGAAUUCGGUUUUGUGUUAUUUCUGUGGCACAUCAAACUGCCGUGUUCCACUCAUCAGAUCUCUCAAAACUGAGAAAUGCACUGUGUUUACGCAAGCUACCUUAUCUUUCAUGCCCAUCGGAUCUAAUAAUGGUUAUUGUCCUGGCAUAAGACUCUCGCUCACCAUCACUGCCACUUUUCAAAGUACAAACUGUCCAACAUCUGUCAUUCAGGUAUCUGAAGGUUUUGUGUGGGUGCAAUUUUUUUUGCCAUCUUGGCCAUUCAUGUUAAUUGUGUACUGUAUCAAACACAUGUAUCUGCAUCAACUGCAUAAAGAAAUGAAUAAAUAUGA